GAUAAAAUGCUAGUCAUUUUGUGUACAGGACAGCGUGUGGUUCAAUAGUUUGAAUGAAUAAUACAGUUGCCGUUAAGACUAGUUGUUUUGUAGACGUUUUGUUUCUAGGUUUGUGCUUUUUUUUUUAGCCUCAUAGCAGUUAACGUUAGUUCAUUGCAUGUCUCGUGAGCAGCCAGGCUGGCAGUUAACGGAGAAAUCCAACGCCGGCUCCAUACCGUUAAAGCCUGAAAAUGUCGUGGAUAAAGGAAGGUGAAUUAAACUUGCUGGAAAAGAUUUCAGCCAAUAUCCUAAAGGCAGGACCCAUGCCGAAACAUGUGGCCUUCAUCAUGGAUGGUAACCGCCGCUUCGCACGUAAGAAAAACAUGGAGCGUCAGGAAGGGCACAUGCAGGGCUUUAACAAGCUGGCAGAGACACUACGCUGGUGCAAGCACUUGAACAUCCCAGAGGUUACAGUGUACGCUUUCAGCAUUGAGAACUUCAAGCGCACUAAAGAUGAGGUGGAUGGGCUGAUGGAACUGGCCAAGCAGAAAUUUGAGAGGCUGUUGGAGGAACGGGACAAUCUGGAGAAGCAUGGUGUGUGUAUCCGAGUGUUGGGGGAUUUGAAUAUGCUGCCACAAGACCUUCAGCAGCUGAUUGCCAAAGCUGUGUUCUCAACCAGAGCUCACAAUAAAUGUUUCCUUAAUGUGUGUUUUGCCUACACGUCAAGAUAUGAAAUCACCAAUGCAGUCAGGGAAAUGGCUUGGGGAGUGGAGCAGGGCCUGAUCAAUGCAAGUGAUGUUUCAGAAGCGUUGCUGAGUGAGUGUCUGUACAGCAAUAAUUCUCCCAACCCUGACCUGCUCAUCCGUACCUCUGGAGAGGUGCGACUCAGCGACUUCCUGCUUUGGCAGACUUCUCACUCAUGUCUAGUGUUUCAAUCAGUCCUGUGGCCAGAGUACUCUUUCUGGAACUUAUGUGAAGCCAUUCUCCAAUAUCAGUUAAAUCACAAAUCCAUUCAGAAAGCAAGAGACCUCCAUCGAGAGCAUCAGGCCCUACAGCAGCUAGAGGCGGAUCGUGCCCGCGUAGAAGAACACCUGCAGCAUCAUGGGAAUGGAAAGCCUGUCGACACCCAGAGAAGACAGGAGGCACUGCUGCACUAUACUGCCUGCCGGGAAGAACGAGUUCAGGAAUUCCUAGACGCACUAAAGCACAAGAGAGACUCUUUCUUUAAUGACUUAUGCAGCUCAGCCAUCUUGGCCUAGGAAGGCUCUAAAGAACAAACCCUAUGUUGAAGUGGGGAUGAAACCUCUCCUUUCCUCUUCCCAAAAGGGCUUCUGUGAAAAAGGGAAGAGUGAGUGAGUAACUGGGAAGGGUUUCACUUUGUUACUGAUGUGUACAAGACGAGAGGGAAAUUUUACCCCUAUGGGGCUGUAGAAUAAUUGUGAUAUUUAUGAUUGUAGAUUUUAAAAAAAAGUCUAACACAUGGAAAUGUCUGGUCAAGAUGUAGUUAAAUAAUUGUGUAAAUUGUCUGUCAAAUGCAUGCCAUUGAUCGGAAGCUCAAAUUCUAUGAGUGAAAGCCAGGGAUCCUGUGUUUUGGAAAUGUUUCCAACGCAGUUCUCCAGAUUAAAUCAAUACAGUUUUGCAUUUUUGUUGAGGCCUAAAGAAAGUGCCAGUUGUUGAGUGUGAUGUUGAUGACAUAACUAGAUUUUGACCAGCUUUUUGAAACAGAAUAAACUAUGUCAGAUGUCAUUAAAUGAUGUAUGUUUCACUCCUUUGUACUUACGCCACAUGCCAAAGUUACAGCUGGUUUUGAACAGUCGCCCCAAGUGUUCUUGUGUCAAUCUAGCUUUUAAUAUAUCAGUAUCUAAUAUCUUAAUUUGUGCUGCAGCAAAAUAUAAUUUUUGCAAGGUCCAUGAUCCUGGUGUAUAGCAAAUUACAUGCAUACAAAGACUGACAAAUUAUCCCUCCCAGUAAGUAAAAUAGCACAAGCAAAGAAACACUAAUAUUUUUUCCAACGCUGUGUUUAUAGGUUUUUGUUCAUUUGGAAAAAACAGAACACUUCUAAACAUGCACAAAAAAACAUUCUUUCUUUCCCCAGUAAUACAACUUUGUCAGUUAAAAACGUAGCAAGCAUAACAUUAAAUAUAAAUAAGUAAUUACAGAGGGAAAAAUAAAUAAGAUCUGGAAUAAUAAUAAUAAGAAAUCAAAAAAUAUGUACAGUAUAUUUUUUUAAAUGUACAUCUUAGAAGCACAAUCAAAGUAAACAAUGAGUUUUGUACAUUCUUGUCAACAUCCUCUUCUCUAUCCCUAUUCUGAAUAGUACUCUUGUUGUAAUACCAGUGGCAGACAAACUUGGAGUGAAAAGAUAAGUAAGAACCCAGAUCAUAAGCAUCUUCACCACCAGGUCUGUCAUUAAAUUAUUAAUUGUAUAAACAAAUCUGCCCACAUCCUAUAAAAAUCCUCAAUUUUAUCUCUAUGUAAGCCAAUUUUUCUCCUUCAUUCACUGACUAGUAUAAGAUCUCAAAGACAAGAAUUAGGACUUUGAAAGUCUUCUAUGAACAGUGGUGGCAUGUUUGUAUAUUUACUAUAGUACUAUGCUACUUAAUCUUCCGCUCCGAUACAUUUCAGAGGGAAAUAUUCUACUUUUUACCUGAUAACAUUUAUCUUAGAUCUGUACUUUACAAAUUAAUAUUUUACAUGCAAAACAUAUGAUCACCCUCUUACAUAUAAUGCAUUGUUUUAGAUUAAACUACUCAACUGUAUGUAAAGUAAAUUAGCCCUUUCUGGGUCAAUUACAAUAGUAAAAUUCUGCUUAUUAUUUUAUGCAUCAGUUAUAAACAUCAAAUAAUCUGUGGUGGAAGGUAACUAAGUUUUUAAAAUGUACUCUACUGUACUCGACUGUACUUACGUACAGUUUUGAGUUCAAUCAGUGUAGUAGGUUUUACUUAAGUAAAGGACUUGAAUACAUCUCCAACAGCUGUAUUUCUUUCUUUUUUGUCAUUAAAAUAUUUACUUGUGUUGAGUGCAAUUGGUUGCAAAAAAAUUGUGAUUUUUUCCCCCAACUUCAUUGGCCAAAUAUUGAAAUACACAACACACACAAAUAACACACGAAUACAGGAAAACCAUCACACAAAACAAACAGUUGGACAAAACCAUAAAAGACAUAGACCAACAUACAAGACACAGGAAUAGAAUCAUAUAAGUAAAUACAUAAAAUAAAUAAAGAUUACAGGUUUACGUAAGUGACUUCUGAGUGUCGAGACAGCAGUAAGGCAUUUUUGUGGUUCUUCAUAUGGCUUAAGGAGUGCAGGGAAGUUUUAAUUACUGCAAAGAAAGCAACAAGAAAGCAGCAAACUAGUUGAGGAUUUAGAAAAUUUAUGUUUGUGGAUAUAAAAUUUAGCCAUAUUUCCUCCACCACUGCCCAGGAAAUCUUCAUUCAACUUGCUUUUUUUCUGUCAAUGCAAGAUUUGUCAGCACAAAAAGUUGGGUUAAUCCAGCUAACAGUGUGAAAGUAAAGUGUGCCUAAUAUCUGUAUAAUUGAGUAUCUUUUCUUCGAUCACAACCCAGUGAUUGAUCCCUCAGAAACGGUCGCUACGCCCCCUCGCGGCACUGAUCAGUAUUUUCCAGACUGCCUCCUGCCUCUUUAACAAGUGGGCGGUGCCUGUAAACACGUGACGCAUUUGCAUCCAAUGACAGACUUGGAAAUACUAAACUGGUUCAAACCGGUUUCGUUCUUAUAUUUCAGCGUAUAAACUACAAAAACAUUCGUUUGCAUUAUACAUUCGCCAUUUUACACAGCGUCUGGUCGGCUGAAGUCUGAGAUCUCUCCGAAAAAAGCUCGUUUUUACGGUCAUAUUUUUGUGCAUUUUCUGCCAACAACAUGGGCAAAGUGAAGCAAGCUGUCCCACCUGAGCAAAGAAGAACUUCCCCACGACUGGCUUUGAAACCUAAAGCUGCACCAGUGGAAGUUAAGAAAAAAGCUGCUGCAAAAAAGGCACCCAAAGCAAAGAAGGCCAAGCCAGCAGAAAAUGGAAACACCAAGGCUGAGGAGCCAAAGGCCGAAGCCACUGAAGCCAAAUGAAUAACGGUUGAUGUGCUCACUCUGUGUACUUGGUGAUUGUACAGUUUUAAAUAAGUAUUUUUUACCAAGUUUUAUAUUACAAAUGUCAUUUAUAGAUUUGUUUUGGGCUUGCACUUGAUGUAACAAAACUUGUUCUCACAUCCAUAUCCAUUACCGUCCAUAUCUUGUAGACGUGGCAUUUUUAGUUUGUCUAAUGCUGUUUUUUUAAACUGCUGAGUAAUAGAUAUUUUCCAACACGUUGGAUUUUGAAUCUAAUUUUAAACAUUAUAAGGCAGCUAAAGCAUAUUGUUAAAAUUCUAGGGAGAAUAGGAAUUUUUGCCUUUUCUCCUUGUGUGUUAAUGUUGAACUAAUAAAAAGAAUUGCUUACCAAAUGUUUUGAAACACUGUAUAUUGAAAUGAGAUCUAGUCAGUAAAAAAAUGCCACAAGAAAAAAAAAAAAAUUAUCGUAGGUCAAAAGUUUGAUACAUCCCAAACAUGUAUGAUGUGAACUCGAACAUCUGAUGAGAAGUUCUGUUAAGUUAUGUCCUGUUAGGGGGAAAGGAAGCUUUUCUGAAUUCAAUGGUUGAUCUAAAUGUUCUUGAAUAAAAAAUUUUAAAAUGUC